UCUUCUAUUGUCUUCCUCCUUAAACCCUAACUAACUACUUUCAUCCCCCCAAAUCCUUCUCAAUGACCACCGCCGCAGAUCAACCCGAUCCAUCUCCGCAAUCCACAAGAGUGAGCCCCAAGACAGCAAACGACGCCGUCGCCUCUCUGCUCAAAUGGAAAACCGAGAAAUCGAAAACAGAGAAGCCUCAGCUCCUGGAGCAAGACGAGUUCGUCUACCUCGUCGUCACUCUAAACAAGAUCCCGCAGAAAAACCGCACGAACGCCCACCGCAUCCGCCUACCCCACCCGCUGAUCGACACUGACGAAGAGUCCCCGGAGCUCUGCCUCAUCAUCGACGACAGACCUAAAAGCGGACUCACCAAGGAAGACGCGAAGAUGAAGAUCGAGUCGGAGAAUAUCCCGAUCACCAAGGUUCUUAAGCUCUCGAAAUUGAAAACAGAUUACAAAGCCUUCGAGGAGAAGCGGAAGCUUUUCGAUUCGUACGAUAUGUUCUUCGCGGACAGGAGGGUGAUCCCCAUGCUUCCGAGGCUGAUCGGGAAGAAGUUCUUCGUGCAGAAGAAGAUUCCUUUGCCGGUGGAUCUGAAGCACAAGAACUGGAAGCAGCAGAUUGAGAAAGGGUGUGGCUCCGCUAUGUUUUUCGUUAGCACGGGCACGUGUAGCGUAGUGAAAGUAGGGAAGCUGUCGAUGGAGAGGGAUGAGAUUGUGGAGAAUGUGAUGGCGACGUUAAACGGCGUCGUCGAGGUCUUGCCUAGUCAGUGGAAGUAUGUGAGGUCUUUGCAUUUGAAGCUGUCGGAGAGCGUUUCGCUGCCGAUUUAUCAGUGUGUCCCUGAUUUGAAGCUAAAGAUCGAUGGUUUUGAAGAGGAGAGUGUGGUUAAGGAAGAGAAGAAGAAGAGGAAAGGGAAGAGUGAUGAUGCUGUGAAGGGGAAGAAGAAGAAGAAGGGUAGGAUUCAUGAGGUUAGGAAUAUGGAUAGUAAUGUAUCUGAGGUGGUUGAUGAAGAUGAGAUUGGUCACGUUGAGGUUACUAAUGAGAAGAAGAAUAAGAGGAAGAAGGAGACAAGUGUGGUUGAUGAUGAUGAUGCUGAGGAACCGAAUAAGAAGAAGAAGCUUGCCAAGGGGAAGCUGAAAGAGAAGAGUAAGGGUGCGUUACAGCCGGAGAAGAAGACAAAGGUUACGAAACAAGAGUCCGGUGGUGGCUUGAAGAAGAAGAAGAGUGCUGUUAGACAAAGGGUUAUGCCUCUUCGUUCAUAUAAGUAGUUUUAUGUUUUUUGGUAGUGCUGAUUACAUUUUGGGGUGUUUUUUUUUAUAUCUUCUACCACUUCUCUUAAACAUUAACUGAUGUGAAUGUGGUUUGGUGGAGGAAACAUAGUUAUGUUACCAGUUCUGAGUA